AUGGGGGAUGCGGAAAGGGAUGAUACAAUAAACUUUUUCGAAUCUUCAAUUGAAUCCUUAUUUGGUCAUCAUCAAUCAGCAACAGGUGAAGCAGGUCAAUUGUGUACCUUACAAUUGGAUGAUGAAGCGAUCAAAUAUCGUAUUCCUGCCAGUAAUACCAAUAAAUUAUUCGCCCAUUAUCAAUGGGAUGCAGGUCUAUUCUUGGGUCGUUUGAUACACAAGAACACUGAUAUUCGCCAAACGACAGUGUUGGAAUUAGGAGCGGGAACUGGUAUUCCUGGCUUAAUCAGUGCAAAACAUGGAGCUUCUUCGGUCUUGAUUACUGACUAUCCCGAUGAAGGCAUCCUGACCGCUCUAAAUGAGAACAUCCAAUUUUCCUCAGUACAAAAAAAUGCGAAAGCACUUGGUUUAGAUUGGGCCGAUAAGGUCACAACAACAAAGGUGCUGCAAGAAUACCCCGAUAAAUUCGAAAGAAUUUUAUGUGCAGACGUCCUUUGGCUUUCUUCUUCCCAUCAACCACUUCUCAAUACAAUCCUAUCAAUGCUUGCAAGAACAUCUACCGCCAAAUGUAUAGUUGUUAGCGGCUUUCAUACAGGCAGACGAGCACUUUCGAAAUUCUUUGCGAUGGCAUGCUCUAAAAGUGGUCUACAAUCUCAGUAUUUAAGAACAAGCAAAGAUAGCCAUGGAAGGUCUAUUGUUUUCGAAUUCAAUGUCGUUACAAAUAAAGCUCGACCGUGGUCUGGAAGACAGCCAUUCGCGCAAGAUGACGGCGAUGAAGAAGAGCAAGAUAAUAUGGACGAUUUCACAGAGAGGACGAAAUGGCUUCUUUACGUUUGCCUAGAAUGGAAUUUAUAG